AUGGGGUUUGAAGUAACAGCCCUGUCAUCCAACCAGAAAGCCGAGUCUGACGCAAACACAGCUUUCUUAAUGGCCAUGAGUGGAACAAGCUACCAGGAGAAGUUUCCAUCUGGAGGACUGUCCAAAUUCAUGUGUGUUAAGAAGUCAGGGGAAUUCUUUGAAGAUGUUCUUAAAUUCAACGAGAAGGGGGACAUGUUUUUCAAUCCAGGACAGAUUGUUCUAGAAUUUGGUGCCAGUAAAUCUCACCUGGCCAUUGUGCAGCGGGUAAACAAUGAAGGAGAAGGAGACCCAUUUUAUGAAGUUCUGGGAAUUGUCACCUUAGAAGAUGUGAUUGAAGAAAUCAUCAAAUCUGAGAUCCUAGAUGAAACAGAUUUAUACACUGAUAAUAGAACGAAAAAGAAAGUGGCUCAUCGUGAAAGAAAACAGGAUUUUUCUGCCUUUAAGCAGACAGACAGUGAGAUGAAGGUUAAAAUAUCACCGCAGCUUCUCCUGGCCAUGCAUCGUUUCCUAGCAACAGAAGUAGAAGCAUUUAGCCCAUCCCAGAUGUCAGAGAAGAUCCUUCUAAGGCUGCUAAAGCACCCCAAUGUCAUCCAGGAACUGAAGUAUGAUGAGAAGAACAAGAAAGCCCCAGAGUACUACCUCUACCAGCGAAACAAACCUGUAGACUACUUCGUUCUCAUUCUGCAGGGAAAAGUGGAAGUAGAAGCUGGGAAAGAAGGUAUGAAGUUUGAAGCGAGCGCUUUUUCAUACUAUGGUGUAAUGGCCCUCACAGCCUCUCCAGUUCCUUUGUCCCUGUCUCGUACCUUUGUUGUCAGCAGAACAGAGUUGUUAGCCGCAGGCUCUCCAGGUGAAAAUAAGUCCCCUCCUCGCCCGUGUGGCCUGAAUCACUCAGACUCUCUGAGUCGAAGUGACCGGAUCGACGCGAUGCCCCCCUCGCUGGGGAGCAGCAAUAACCAGCUCAACUCUUCCUUCCUGCAAGUCUACAUCCCCGACUACUCGGUGCGGGCCCUUUCUGACCUGCAGUUUGUCAAGAUCUCCAGGCAGCAAUACCAAAAUGCCUUGAUGGCAUCCCGGAUGGACAAAACUCCUCAGUCUUCAGACAGUGAAAACACUAAAAUUGAAUUGACUCUUACGGAGCUGCAUGACGGGUUGCCAGAUGAGACAGCCAACUUGCUCAAUGAACAGAACUGUGUGACUCACAGCAAGCCCAACCACAGCCUGCACAAUGAGGGUGCCAUCUAGGGGUGCCCUGAGGGCC